CUUCGGCAGCGACAGCUGCUCCAGCUGCUCCGGGUGGAGCGCCCGAGCCCCGAGCCGUGGCUGCUUAGGGCGGCGGGCGGGCGGAGGGGAGCACCGGACCACCAGCGCAGGCAGCCGGGCCCGGGGGCAACCGCCCGCGGGAAACCGGGAAGCGGAGGGGCAGCAGAGGGACCGCCUGCAGCCGGGAGGAGAAGACCAGGGCUGGGCUUUCCUCACCCCGGUACUUUCUCAUCCCAUAACUUCAGUGUCCUGAAAUCUGAGGAUUCCACCAAGAUAAUAUGAUAGGAACUUUCAGUGACUUGGGGCCAUAUCCUACUUAGACUAAUGCAGUCCUUCCAGAUUUCCUGAGAGCUUGGUACAACAGCACUCGCUGUAACAGGCACAGGCAAUAAUGCCAUCUUUGCCUCAAGAAAGAGUCAUUCAGGGACCCUCUCCCCUGGAUCUGAAUACAGAAUUGCCUUAUCAAAGCACAAUGAAAAAGAAAGUCCGAAAGAAGAAAAAGAAAGGAACCAUUACAGCAAAUGUUGCCGGGACAAAGUUUGAAAUUGUUCGUUUAGUAAUAGAUGAAAUGGGAUUUAUGAAAACUCCAGAUGAGGAUGAAACAAGUAACCUUAUAUGGUGUGAUUCUGCGGUUCAGCAGGAGAAGAUUGCAGAGCUGCAAAAUUACCAGAGGAUCAACCAUUUUCCAGGAAUGGGGGAGAUCUGUCGAAAGGAUUUCUUAGCAAGAAAUAUGACCAAAAUGAUCAAGUCCCGGCCUCUGGAUUAUACCUUUGUUCCUCGAACAUGGAUCUUUCCUGCUGAAUAUACGCAAUUCCAGAACUACAUGAAAGAAUUGAAGAAAAAAAGAAAGCAGAAAACUUUUAUAGUAAAACCAGCUAAUGGUGCAAUGGGUCAUGGGAUUUCUUUGAUAAGAAAUGGUGACAAACUUCCAUCUCAGGAUCAUUUGAUUGUUCAAGAAUACAUCGAAAAGCCUUUCCUAAUGGAAGGUUACAAGUUUGAUUUACGAAUUUAUAUUCUGGUGACAUCGUGUGAUCCACUGAAAAUAUUUCUCUACCAUGAUGGACUUGUGCGAAUGGGAACAGAGAAAUACAUUCCACCUAAUGAGUCUAAUUUGACCCAGUUAUACAUGCAUCUAACUAACUACUCUGUGAACAAGCACAAUGAGCAUUUUGAAAGGGAUGAGACUGAAAACAAAGGGAGCAAACGUUCCAUCAAGUGGUUUACAGAAUUCCUACAAGCAAAUCAACAUGAUGUUGCUAAGUUUUGGAGUGAUAUUUCAGAGUUGGUUGUAAAGACUUUGAUUGUAGCAGAGCCUCAUGUCCUGCAUGCCUAUCGAAUGUGCAGACCUGGUCAACCUCCAGGAAGUGAAAGUGUCUGUUUCGAAGUCCUGGGAUUUGAUAUCUUGUUGGACAGAAAACUAAAGCCAUGGCUUCUGGAGAUUAAUCGUGCUCCAAGCUUUGGAACUGAUCAGAAAAUAGACUAUGAUGUAAAAAGGGGAGUGCUGCUAAAUGCACUAAAGCUACUAAACAUCAGGACCAGUGAUAAAAGGAGAAACUUGGCCAAACAAAAAGCUGAAGCUCAAAGGAGGCUUUAUGGUCAAAAUUCAAUAAAAAGGCUCUUACCAGGUUCCUCAGACUGGGAACAGCAGAGACAUCAGUUAGAGAGGCGGAAAGAAGAGUUGAAAGAGAGACUUGCUCAAUUACGAAAGCAGAUUUUAAAAGAAGAACAUGAAAAUCGGCAUAUGGGGAAUUAUAGACGAAUUUAUCCUCCUGAAGAUAAAACUCUGCUUGAAAAGUACGAAAAUUUGUUGGCUGUUGCCUUUCAGACCUUCCUUUCAGGGAGAGCAGCUUCAUUCCAGCGAGAGCUGAAUAAUCCUUUGAAAAGGAUGAAGGAAGAAGAUAUUUUGGAUCUUCUGGAACAAUGUGAAAUUGACGAUGAAAAAUUGAUGGGCAAAACUGCCAAGCCUCGAGGACCAAAGCCUCUAUCCUCCAUGCCUGAGAGCUCUGAGGUAAUGAAAAGACAGAAAUACUACAGCAGCGACAGCAGUUACGACAGCAGCCGCAGCGCUUCAGAACCCGAGGACGAGAACGAAGAGUACCAAAAUAAGAACAGGGAAAAGCAAGUUACGUAUAACCUUAAACAGUCCAACAACUACAAAUUAAUUCAACAAUCCAGCUCCAUUAGGCGCUCAGUCAGUUGCCCUCGGUCCAUCUCUUCUCAGUCACCUUCCAGCGCAGACAGCCGCCCCUUUUCUGCGCAACAAGUGAUACCAGCAUCCCGGCCAAAUUCAGGGUCCCGGUCACAUUCUUUAAACCGUGCCUCCUCCUACAUGAGGCAUCUGCCUCACACUAAUGAUGCCAGCUCUCCUAACUCUCAGAUGAGUGAGUCUUUGCGGCAACUGAGAACAAAGGAACAAGAAGACGAUCUAACGAGUCAGACCUUAUUUGUCCUCAAGGACAUGAAGAUCCGGUUUCCAGGAAAAUCAGAUGCAGAAUCAUUACUUCUGAUAGAAGAUAUCAUUGAUAACUGGAAGUAUCAUAAAACAAAAGUGGCUUCAUACUGGCUCAUAAAAUUGGACUCUGUAAAACAACGGAAAGUUUUGGACAUAGUAAAAACAAGUAUUCGUACAAUUCUUCCACGUAUCUGGAAGGUACCUGAUGUCGAGGAAGUAAGUUUAUAUCGGAUUUUCAACCGGGUUUUUAAUCGCCUACUCUGGAGUCAUGGCCAAGGACUGUGGAACUGUUUCUGUGAUUCAGGGUAAGUUCUAAGUUACCUCUUA